AUGUCAAACGUUAUCAAUGCUCAACACUGGAUCUUGGAAAACAAGACUACAUUUGAUCAACCAAUCAAUUUAAACUAUGGUUCCAAAGAUGCAACUUUCAUUCUUGAGGAUGUUAAAUAUGACCUAAAUGAUUCAAAAUUGUUGAAGAAAGGUGAACUUUUGAUUGAAUCUUUGUUCUUUUCCAAUGACCCUGCUCAAAAAGGGUGGUGGUCGAAACAGCCAGGAUACGUUGCUCCAUCCCCUCCACAUAGUCCAGCUCCAUCUCGUGGUAUUGCAAAAGUUAUUAAGGCAAAUUCUGAAAAUUAUAAAGAAGGUGAUAUCAUUUCUUCAAACAUCAAUUGGGCCACCCACAACAUCAUUCCUGAAGCCCAAUUUGGUACUUAUAAAAUAGAUCCGACAAGAUUUGAUUCAUUAACCAAAUAUUUAAGUGUUUUCGGGUCCACCACAUUGACGGCAUAUGUUUCAGCCUACAAAUAUGCUGAAUUGACAGAUCCUGAAAAUUCACAAGACAAAGUGUUUUUAGUUACUGGUGCUGCUGGUGCUGUUGGUGCUGUUUUGGUUCAAAUUUUUGCUAAAGUUUUUAAAGCUAAAAAAGUUUUAGCAGUUGCUGGUGGUGAUGAAAAAGUCAAAUAUGUUGAAUCUUUAGGUAAUGGUAAUGUUUAUGGAUUAGAUUACAAGUCAAAAACAUACAAGGAAGAUUUUGCUAAAGCAAUUGGUGAUGAUAAGAUUGAUGUUUAUGUUGAUCAAGUUGGUGGUGAAAUUUUGGAUCAUGCAAGUUUCUUUUUGAAAGAUUUUGGAAGAAUUGUUCAAGUUGGUACAAUUGCUGGUUACAAUGAUAUUUCAAAAGCUGCUUUCAAAGCAUAUUCAAAUGUGGUCACCAAAAGAUUAUCAAUCAGAGGGUUUAUUGUCUCUGAUGAUAGAGAACAAUUCCCACAAAUUAUUCAACAUUUAUCUGAAUUGAUUAAAUCUGGUGUUAUUGAUGCUUCAAAAAUCAAAGAAACUGUUGUUGAUGGUUCUGGUGAGAACUUCAAGAAAGUUCCUGAAUUAUGGAAUGGUUUAUUCUCUGGUAAGAAUACUGGUAAAUAUAUUACAAGAGUUACAAGUGAUCCAAAUAUCAAAUGA